AUGGUAAUAGCAGGACAUGGGGAACCUGCCGAAAGACUGUGUAAUAAAGAUCCAUUUACGAUGAAAUCAGCGGAAUAUCUUGCACAUCUUUUCCCGAACAGUAAAUUUCUGCUGAUGAUUCGGGAUGGCCGUGCCACAGUCCACUCAAUUAUAUCGCGUAAAGUAACAAUUUCGGGAUUCGACCAUAACGAUCCAAGAGACUGUCUGGUCCGAUGGAAUCGCAUUAUUGGUGUUAUGUAUGAGCAGUGUAAAAUGAUUGGCAAGAAAUUAUGUUUAAUGGUUUAUUAUGAGCAGCUGGUGCUUCAUCCCGAGGAGCAGAUGCGUCGGAUCCUAAAUUUCCUGGAUAUCUCAUGGCAUGAUUCGGUGCUGCACCACGAAAACCAUAUUGGCAAAGGCAUCUCCCUAUCCAAAGUGGAAAGAUCUACGGAUCAAGUGAUCAAACCAGUAAAUCUGGAUGCCUUAAAUAAAUGGGUGGGAACGUUCCCCGACGAUAUUGUCCAGGAUAUGGCCACCAUUGCACCGAUGCUUGCUGAGCUUGGAUAUGAUCCGAAUGCAAAUCCACCGAAAUAUGGUGAGCCGGAUCCGAUUGUGCUGAGGAAU